CGCCCGCGUCGGUGCCUUUAAGGGGCGUGGCCGGAAGCCGCUGGGUUCCGCACGCGUCGGGGCGGGGCUUCAGGACGGCUUCGCAGCAUGGCCGCCGCCGCCGCCGCGUUCCUGAGCCCAGAGAGUCGGGUCCGGGUCGCGGGCGUCGGGGGCGUCCGGGCCCCCGCCCCGGUCACCAUGGACAGCUUCUUCUUCGUUACCGUAAGCAACGACGUCUCCGAGGACGAGGAGGAUGACGAAGAAGCAGCAGAGCUGUGCCCCGUCCUUCCUGCUAAAAAGCAGAGGCCCAGGCCCUAGCCCUCCUCGGUCAGGGAGCCGGCGGGCUCGCGCUCCGCGCCCGGCGUUCCUGGACGAGUCUCAGGAUUGUGACUGUUUCUUCCCCGCGGAGGAGCAGCGUUGUGGGGCAGAGCCUGGGCGGGACGGACUGGGCCCUGCCGGCCCCCGGUGCUCCGGCCCUCCGCCAAGCCCCGCUCCCCGCUCCCCAACUUCUGUGAAUUGGAAGAUGUACCUGAAGCUCAGAACUACACGUUUUUAACACUUUUUACAGUUUUAGAUAAAGUUUGAAAUAAAGUGAUGUGGUUUCUUUUGCAA